AUGUCGCUCAAAGAGAAGGACCUUGAAGCCGAGCGAAAGGAGCAUAUCUUGUUCGACGACAAAAGCUAUGGCGGUAGAGACGAUCGUGUCAACGUCGAAGAUGCUAUAGAUCCAGCGAAUGACUCCUCGAGACCAGCAUCGUCACCCAUCGAAAGGGACGACAAGGAAACACGUCGCAUCAUUCGAAAGAUAGAUCUCAGGCUUUUACCAACGCUCGCUGUCAUAUAUGCCUUCGCGCUCAUUGACCGCGUUAAUCUUCCUAAUGCGCGUAUCGCAGGUAUGGAUGAGGACCUGGGCCUCUCCAUCGGUUCACGCUACUCGAUCCUUACUAUGAUCUUCUUCAUACCGUAUAUAAUCUUCCAGUUUCCGGCAAACAUAAUCAUUCGAAAACUCGGCCCUGCCGUAUGGCUACCAUCUUUGGUCAUUUGCUGGGGCGCUGUGACAAUCGGCAUGGGCUUUACUAACGACUGGACGCAAGCACUAGGAUGCCGAGUCAUACUGGGUGUGCUCGAAGCUGGCUACUAUCCUGGCUGUGUCUUUCUACUGAGCUGUUGGUAUGUGAGGUUUGAAGUGCAAAAGAGAUUCAGUGGGUUCUACCUACUAGCGCUCCUUGCAAGUGGUUUCUCAAACAUCCUGGCUUGGGGACUGAGCGAGAUGCGAGGCCUAGGAGGGCUGAACGGAUGGCAAUGGAUCUUCGCAAUCGAGGGUGCAAUCACCGUUCUACUAGGCUUCAUGGGCUACCUAACUAUAAUAGACUUUCCCGACAAAGCCAGCCAGCCCAGCCCGAUCACGAAACGCCCUUUCUUAACCCCCGCGGAAGCCAACAUAAUUCUGUCCCGCAUUCAACGCGACCGCGGCGAUGCCGUCGCUGACAAGCUCACUUGGCCAACCAUCGCCAAACAUCUCCGCGACUGGAAGAUCUGGGAGUUCGCAUGGCUCUACUUCCUCAACAACGUCGUCGCAUACAGCUGGGGAUACUUCCUGCCAAUCAUCCUCCGCAACGACAUGGGUUACUCUGUCGCCAUGAGCCAGAUCCUGUCUUUCCCGCCAUAUGUCCUGGCUGCCGCUUGGAUGUUCGGUACGGCAUGGGUCGCCGACAAAUAUAGGAUGCGCGGUGCAAUCAUCGUAUUCAACUGCGCAUGGGCAGUCUUGGGAGUAUGCAUGAUGGCUUUCCUCAGCAACGCUCGCGCACGGUAUGCCGGAGUCUUUCUAGGCGUCAGUGGUGCGAACGCGAAUGUGCCGAGCAUAUUGAGCUAUAUGCACAACAACAUCGUGGGUCAGAUGAAGAGGAGUGUUGCGAGUGCGUUGUUGAUCGGAGGUGGAGCUUGCGGAGGUAUCGCAGCGUCGAACAUCUUCCGACAACAGGAUGCGCCGAAGUACAUACCCGCCAUGGCUGUUGUUAUCGCUACCCAAGUCUUGAGCAUAUUACAUGUGCUGAAAAACUUCUGGGUCUACUCACGAGCCAACCGCCAGGCUGAUCGCGCAGAGAGGAUUCUGGAGGGCCAAGAAGGCUUCCGACAAACGCUGUAA